AUGGAAUUCCUGCUUCCCAUGAGAAGUCGAGACAGGAUGGCUUCCCCUGGCUACGAGCCUCUUCUGGACCCUCCCAGCAGCUGCACCAGGCACCAAUACCAUUGUGUCAAAAGAAAGCUGCGCUCCGGACGGAUUCUUGGCUUCAUCAUCAGUAUGGUGGCGGUCUGCACAUUCUGUUCAUGGAGUGCCUUGUCGCUGGUCACAACGGUGGCAAAAGAGCUAGAAUCGUCCGCUGAAGGCUCGGCAGAGGCGGCAGGGCCCCAAAGAACUCUUCUUCAGUACCACAACCACACAGCCAAGCCAGAAGACACACCGGUUGCCAUGCGGUCAUCUGCAGAAGAUAUGAAUCACGGGGACUAUCCAACGGAUUACUUCAGCGUGGAGGACAGACGUCAGGGCUAUGUGGCUUUUCAUAUGUUUGGCAUGUUGUACAUGUUUAUAGCAUUAGCCCUUGUCUGUGAUGAGUUCUUUGUUCCAGCGCUCACUGUCAUCACAGAAAAGCUGCAGAUAUCCGAUGAUGUUGCAGGAGCCACCUUCAUGGCGGCAGGUGGCUCAGCUCCAGAGCUCUUCACUUCUGUCAUAGGAGUCUUUGUCUCCCACAGUAACGUGGGUAUCGGUACCAUUGUGGGCUCUGCCGUCUUUAAUAUCCUGUUUGUGAUCGGGAUGUGCGCCGUGUUUUCCAGAGAGGUGCUGCACCUCACCUGGUGGCCUCUGUUUAGAGACGUCUCGUUCUAUAUCAUCGGCCUGCUCAUGCUCAUCUACUUCUUUUUGGAUAAUCAAAUCACAGUGGGGGAAAGUAUCAGUCUGCUGAUGUGCUACAGCUGCUAUGUGACAUUCAUGAAGUUCAAUGCCAAAAUAGAACUUGUCAUCAAGACUUUACUGGGCAGCAACCAGGUGGAUGAGCUUGAGACUGCACCAAAGGUGAAUGAACCUGUCAAUGAUGAGAACAAGCUGACGGCCAAACCGAGGCUGCAGAGGGAGGGAAGCUGUGCUUCUUUACACAACUCACUGAUGAGGAACAGUAUCUUUCAGCUCAUGAUACACACACUCGACCCUCUCAGUGACGAAGGUACGGGGCGUUUCAAAGAAAAAGCAUCAAUCCUUAACAAAAUGGCCAAGCAGAAGUGUAAAGAAGAUGCUGUCACUGCUAACGGUGUAGCCGAUAAAAACAUCCCAAACAGUUCAAACGUUGCAGUGGAAGUCACACCGCCCAGUAACGGUGUUGCAGGAGGAGAAGAAGAAGACGGUGAUGAAAAUGAUGACGAUGAACAGCCUCUGAGCCUGGCCUGGCCCGACACCAACAGGAAACGUAUCAUCUACCUGGUUAUCCUGCCCAUCAUCCUGCCACUGUGGCUCACACUGCCCGACGUCAGGAGAGAGACCUCGGCCAGAUUCUUCCCUGUCACUUUUAUCGGUGCCAUUUCUUGGAUUGCUUUCUUCUCCUACCUGAUGGUGUGGUGGGCUCACCAGGUUGGAGAAACGUUCUGGAUUACGGAGGAGAUAAUGGGACUGACUAUACUAGCAGCCGGCACUUCAAUCCCGGACCUGAUCACCAGUGUGAUUGUGGCGCGAAAAGGACUGGGUGACAUGGCCGUGUCCAGCUCUGUCGGCUCCAACAUCUUUGAUAUCACUGUGGGUCUGCCAUUCCCCUGGCUCAUCUACCACAUCAUCAACGACUUCAAACCGAUCCAGGUCAGCAGCAACGGACUGUUCUGCGCCAUCGUCCUACUCUUCCUCAUGCUCCUCUUUGUCAUCAUCUCCAUCGCGGCUUGCAACUGGAAAAUGAGCAAGUCUCUCGGCCUUCUCAUGUUCCUGCUGUACGUUGUGUUCCUGGUCCUCAGCGUCAUGCUGGAGGACAAAAUCAUUACCUGCCCCAUCACCGUCUGAGAGAAGCCACUUCC